AAAAAAGCAGAAACGGAAACAGCUCAGCUCCAAAAGGAUUAUAGUGACUCAAGUCCACGAUACUCUCCUCACUUCACUUACGUGCUCCUCUUUCUCCGCAAAACCAAUUUCAAAAAUCACAAAAGUGCUUAAUUACGUAACUGAAAAACACACACAAGAAGCAGCCAAAAUAGCUUCUCUUCUUCUUCUCCUUCCUCUUUUUCUCAUUCUCUUGCUUCCUUUACUCUUCACAUUCAAAACCUCUGUUUCUCCUUCCUCACUAAUGGACACAUUGAUCUCCCUCGUUAACCGAAUCCAACGAGCAUGCACGCUCCUCGGUGAUCACGGUGCCGACCACGCUUCUGCUUCUCUAUGGGAAUCUCUUCCCUCUGUCGCCGUCGUCGGCGGUCAGAGUUCUGGAAAAUCAUCGGUGUUAGAAAGCAUCGUCGGCCGUGAUUUUCUUCCUCGCGGCUCAGGGAUUGUGACGCGGAGGCCUUUGGUGUUGCAGUUGCACAGAAUAGAGGAAGGGUUACAAGACUAUGCAGAAUUUCUGCACUUGCCGAAGAAACGGUUUACUGAUUUCUCUAUGGUUCGAAAGGAAAUUGAAGAUGAAACUAAUAGAAUGACUGGGAAAUCAAAUCAGAUAUCUCCUGUUCCUAUUCAUCUCAGCAUCUACUCACCAAAUGUUGUCAAUUUAACACUGAUAGAUUUGCCCGGUUUGACAAAGAUUGCUGUAGAGGGACAGCCAGAAAGUAUUGUUCAAGACAUUGAGAACUUGAUCCACUCAUAUGUUGAUAAGCCUAAUUGCUUGAUUUUGGCCAUUACUCCAGCAAAUCAAGAUGUAGCGACAUCCGAUGCCGUCAAGGUUUCCAGACAAGUUGACCCUGCCGGUGAACGUACAUUUGGUGUGUUGACAAAGAUUGAUUUGAUGGACAGAGGAACAAAUGCUUUGGAUGUCCUUGAGGGAAGAUCAUAUCGUCUUCGUAAUCCUUGGGUGGGAAUUGUAAACCGUUCUCAGGAAGAUAUUAAUAGGAAAGUAGAUAUGAUUGCUGCUCGGCAAAGAGAGCGUGAAUUUUUUACCUCCAAUUCUGAUUAUGCACACUUGGCCAGUAAAAUGGGUUCGGAAUAUCUAGCGAGGAUUCUCUCAAAGCAUCUAGAGUCUGUGAUAAGAGCUCGAAUUCCAGCGAUUGCAUCUUUCAUUAAUAGAAGCAUUGAUGACCUUGAAGCAGAGUUGGCCCACCUUGGUAGACCUGUUUCCGUUGAUGCUGGGGCCCAACUGUACACUAUUCUAGAAUUAUGCCGCGCUUUUGACCGGGUAUUUAAGGAGCAUUUAGAUGGAGGGCGACCGGGUGGUGACCGAAUUUAUGUAGUUUUCGAUUACCAGCUUCCUGCUGCAUUGAGAAAGAUUCCACUGGACCGUCAUUUAUCGCUACAAAAUGUGAAAAGCGUGAUUUCUGAGGCAGAUGGAUACCAACCUCAUCUAAUUGCUCCUGAACAAGGUUACCGACGCCUUCUGGAGAGCUCUCUCAAUUAUUUCAAAGGUCCUGCACAAGCUUCUGUGGAUGCUGUUCAUUUCGUGCUGAAGGAACUUGUAAGAAAGUCAAUUGCAGAAACCGAGGAAUUGAAACGCUUUCCAACUCUUAAAGGCGAAAUAGCUGCAGCAGCUAACGAGGCGUUAGAGAGAUUCCGUGAAGACAGUAAAAAGACAACAUUACGACUAGUUGAAAUGGAAUCUUCUUAUAUCACCGUUGAUUUCUUCCGUAAACUUCCACAGGAAGUCGUCAACAAGGGAGGGAACCCAGCUCCCGCCUCUGUUGAUGGAGAUGGACACUUUCAAAGGAUUGGUUCAAAUGUUUUAUCUUAUGUUGGGAUGGUAUCAGAAACGUUGAGGAAUAGCAUUCCAAAGGCUGUCGUUCAUUGUCAAGUGAGGGAAGCUAAGCGAUCUUUACUAGAUCACUUUUACACACAAUUGGGCAAAAAAGAGGAAAUGCAACUCGCACAGAUGCUGGAUGAAGAUUCUGUGUUGAUGGAAAGGAGACAGCAAUGUGCCAAGAGGCUGGAGUUGUAUAGGUCUGCAAGAGAUGAGAUUGAUGCAGUUUGUUGGUCGGGAUGAGAUGAAUCCUGAUGAAUGUAUAUGAAGAUAAAUUUUAGGAGAAAAAAAUGACAGUGAUAUAAUAGCUGAGCUUGAGACUAUUGGCCGCAACUAUUAUGCUCAUUGGUUUUUUAUGCUUAUUUUUACUCUGGUGUUUGAUUCAGAGCUUGAGUGGCACAUGUUGUUUAAGGCCAAUGUGAAUAAUGCGUUUUAGAAAAUCUUGGCUUUUAACUGAUUCAUCAAAUGCCCAAAAUGAAAAUUGAUAAAUUAACAGGGAGUUUAUUUUUUGUUUCCUCAA